UUUGAGACAGUGCCUUCAGAAGCAGACUUUCUGAUAGGCAUGGCCACCGUGGAGGAUUUCGUGACGUUUCGAAACAGAGUCACAGGAUGUAUCUACACCCAGGAGCUGUGCAAGCAGCUGACAAGAUCAGGAGAAAGUCAUGAGAUGGAUGAUAUCCUCACUGUCCUGACACGUGUGAACAGGGAGGUCAGCAAAGGAGAGUUUUUCAACCACAAACAAAUGCCAGAGCCCAGAUUCACUCUCACCAAGAAGCUCGUCCUCAAACCUGUCACCCGCCUGUGACCAAAAAUAAGUCCCAGAUUCACAUAGACUUGAUGAGCCUGAUUUACAGC